CAUAAAGCAAUACGAUCCAAACGCAUAAAAAUGGCCAUUUGCCCAAAAUCCAAUUCAAAACGUUGAAAACGACCCAUCAAACCAUCAAAAGAGCCAUUCGGUUGAUGCCAGCCAUAGUUGUCAGUCUGUUCAGCAUUUAAUUCAUUUUAAAUUUAAUUACAUCAAGACUACAACCCGUUCGUCUACAUUACACUGCAGUUGCCAGCUCAUGCUUAAUUCAUUUGAAAGAGUGCAACAGUGAAUAAAAAAAAAUAUAUACAACAAAACAACCAUCCAAUCAACGCUGCUGAACAAAGAAUAAAAUAAAAUUUUAAAAAACAACAAGUGCCAACAAAAGAUUUAUAUACAAACACAAGCAAACAUACCUACUAAAUACAAACAUUUACACAGACAAAUACUUGCAUAUGUAUAUGUAAAAACAUAUAGACAUACAGACACACACACAUGUUUGCAUUUAUUUUAACUAAAAUAACUGAAGCGUAAGAAACCAUGUUCAAGUAUUGUAUAGAAUUUUCUACUACAUCGUCACUACUAUAUCAAGGAUUUGUUGUAAAUGCUGAUGUUGCUGCUGCUGCUGCUGCCUCGCUCCCCCUUUAUAAAAAAUGAAAACAAAACAUAAAAGUUGUGUCGCUGCUGCUGCUGUUGCUGCCGGUGCUGGUGAGAAAAUGAAAUCGGUAAUUUUGUAUCCAUAUGGACCGUUGACGGGCACCGGAUGUUGUCGCAUGUUGCAUGCUAAAAAUUUGGCCAUAACAAGUGCAAUUUACACAAUUAACAUAUCCCUGCUUAUCGUCCUAAUAUAUUCCUGGCGUAUAAAUAUCAACAUACAAAAGUCUAGUGACCUAGAAGAUGUUUACUAUGGUGUACAAAUUGCUUAUUUUGCCAUAAUCGGCACACAAAUGUCGAUGAUCGUUUUAAGUAUCAUGUUACUAUUUGGUAUUGUUAAGGAAAAUCCUGGUUUAAUUGUUCCUUGGAUUAUUGGUUAUAUCACAUUUAUGGCUUUGGAAGCGGUGGCCAUGGUUUACUCGAAUGUCUUGCGUGAUCAUGUUAAUAAGCAAUUCGAUGCGAUGUGCAAAGCGGAAGUGGCCUUUUUUAUAGCACGAGCAUUCAUAAAUGUUCUCUCCAUGUGGGGCGUCCUGCGUUUCUACAAUUUAGUAAGAUCCGGCAUUACUUGGCGCGGUCCCGAGGCUAAAACCACACUAACAACAGCUACCAACAAUACACUGGCUAAGUCCUACAAUGAGUGUCAACACCACCACCACAAUCACCACCACCACCAGCAACAACAUCACCACCAUAAACAGUAUCAAAAUCAACGUGGCCGCCGUCAAAGUGCCGCUACGCAACAUAAAGCAACAAUUGGUUGUUGUGCCUUCUUUGAUAUCGACGACUAUGACUAUGAUUUUGACAAUGACGAGGACUAUGAGUUCGAGGGGGAUGAGUAUGAUUGUGAGGGCUACUAUGACGAUGGUGAUGAGUAUUAUGAUGAUGAGGACGAGAGUAGUGAUUGUUCCAUGUUGGGUGCCUCACCCAAACGCCAGCAUAGACGCAGUGAACGUACACAUCGUGUGCGCAACAAUAAUAUACGGUCGGUUUUGGUGAAUAAACGCCAUAAUAAAUAUAAAAUUGCUCAUCCCCAAACAAAGCUGGAGGUUAUAAACGAAUCGGAACGUAGUGCCGGCAGUGGCAGUGAUGAAAAUGAUUCGCUGCUUGUAGCCUACAAUAGUUCAUCCUCGUUGGCGUCCGUUUGACAUUGGCCGGGUUGCAUUGGAAAUGCAAGAUUUAAAACAGAAUCAAAAGUCUCCGACGACAACGACGACGACGAUGACGACGACGAGUUAUAUGCCAUUAGCGACUGCC